GGUGCAUCCGUUCCCCUGCGGUGGCGCCCCCCUUUUCUGCUGCACGAGGCACGUACGCACCUCUUGGCCAAGGCGGCGUAAUGUGCCGCGUAUGUAAAGUACAGUGGAGUGCGUGAUAGCUUAAUGCCAGCCAAAGGGCUACAAUAAAAACCAAAAUAAAAAACAAACCAAGAAAAGAAAACAAGAACAGUGCGACCUUGUCUUGUCUUCGGCGGACUUCUUUUUCCGUCAUCAAUCAAAAUCGCAGCAAGUCUCUGGAUUACACACAUAAAAAACUUUGGAUAUAAACCAUCACCGGCUUAAAGAUGCUGAAGCACGUACAAAUCUCGCCCCUUCGCAAUCGCUCCGAUUCCGUGUCGCUGCGCUCCUCCAGCCACGCCUCCUCCUGCGCCAGCUCCAUGUGCGGCAGCCCGGAGCCGACAGCGGAUUUGCAAAGGACUCCCUCGCGGGCCUCCAGCUACUCGAGUCUCAACGAGCAACUGCCACAGACCACAAUCAAGGUGUACACGAAUUGCCUCAAGAUCGACAUUGAGUACAAGACCCUUGGGAUCCAGUGGGACACCACCAGCAAGGAGGUGAUCUCUCAGUUGCUUAGACGCCUCAAGAUGCGUCACCGCGACCCGAGACUCUUCUACUUGUCCAUGGAGGUGGCUGUCCGCCGGGCCGGAGUCAAGACCAUCCUGGUCCUCGACGACGACACCCGCCCGGCCAUCAUGCAGGCCUGCCACCCAAAGGGCGAGUCCCGCUUCGUCCUGCAACUGAAGCCCGGCGGUCUGAUCCGCGUCCACACCUCAGCCCUGCAGCCCAGCUCCCAGUACAAGUCUCUGGUAAUCAGCGAGGAGACCACCAGCGAUGAGCUGCUGCAGUUGCUCCUCGGAUGCUACAGUUCUCCGGAGCCCGUGGAGUGCUUCUCCCUGUACGAGGUUUGCCCCGGACAGGAGUGCCAGCGGAAGCUGCAUCCUGAUGACCUUCCCCUGCGAGCACAGGCCGAGCGGAUGAAGCGCGGCGAGAACUGCCACUUCCUGGUCCGACGGACUCCUAACUACGCCCGCCGCCGCCAGCUGCUGGCCAACUUGAACGAGGCCAUCGGGCAGGCGGCCGAGGCGGUAGAGGACGCCACCAGCCUACUGGAGCUAUCCCUUGAAUCUGACCUCUCCAUCUCUGAGGACUUGCACAGCUGCAGCAGUAGUAGCGAGGACCCCGAGGACGAGGACGCAGACGAGUGCGCCAGUAGCUCCGGGUCCUCCGACAACUCCACGGAGUGCACCCUGCGACGCGACUUCUACCCGCGAGUCACUUCGGCCACCUCCACAGUGGCUGUGUCCGUUUCACCUGCCCGGGCCUACAGUCCUGUUUACAACAUCCGCGAGAUUCGCACCUCCUCGCACUCCUUCUCCUCGCUGGGCAAGGACAAGAAACUGCUGGACAUCCACAUGAACGCCCGAUACGCACCAUCCGGCAUCUACAACCGACUGAUGCCCGUGGCCGAGAUGGAGGGCCAGGACAUGAAUGGCAAUCCAGCCGUAAAGCUCACUGCCGAGGCCGUCAACAACAAUCCGGCCAAAGGACUCGGCCACUUUGUCUAUCUGUAGCACUGGAAGAGAUUCGCAAAGGGUCGGAUGACAAAUGAAUACAAAAGUAUGAGAACAAAACGAGUACCCUUGGGACCAAAGAUGCAUUUGUAGUUUAAGCAUUUAGAUUGGGAAAUGUAAAUAGUAAACGUAGUAACUGUAGCAUAAGGUAAUUCCUAGAAGCAAAAAUGAGUUCUUAUAUUAAGAGAGACACGAGAGAUUACAGCUCACCUUAGUGUAUUGCAAAGAAACCAUCUGCUAACAAUCCCAAAUAAACAGGAGUCUAUAGCUAACUGGAAUACGAAUAAGAAUGUCGACAGCUAAUGGCUAACAUUUGUCUAGAAACCAAAACAUGUAAUAAUAAUUAAAUCACCUGAAAAUUA